GUCCGACUUCGUUUUAAAGGAAUGCCACGUGGUCUGGGUCUAAUAUCCGAGCUCGAACGGUCACCCGGGAAGGUGGUAUCACGAGAAAAAUGGACCUUGUGUUAUACCUUGUGCCACUGAUUGCAGUUAUUGUCCACUCCAAAACAUGGAAUCAGUCGAUACUAGACGACGUUGCCAAGAACCUCAAGAUUCAAAUCGUUGCCACUGACAACACGAAGGAACACGACACAUAUCUGGCCGAAAUAUCGCUCACCAACAAAGGAACGCACGUCAUAACGAAACAUGGCAACUGGAAGAUAUUCUUCUCAAGCGGGUCGCUAAUCGAACCCACACACCUUCCUGUUGAACGUUCACCCAAUCCGGAAGACCUUGUUGUGGGAGGUCAAGGGGUCAGAGUGCACCACUCCAAAGGGUCGCUCUUUUGGUUGGAGCCGACAGACGACUUCUGCGAGUUCCCGCCAGGAAGUAGCAGAAAGGUCAAAUAUAAAGGUCAGCGAUGGGCGGUCGCUAAGACGGAUUUCUUCCCUGACUGGUAUGUGGUGGUUCCUGGCCUCGAGCCAAGACUAAUAGAGAGCACCGUGGGUGAGGGUCUGGAAUUCAUUGGGGACUUCACGAAACCUCAACAGUGGAAGCGGUACAAUACGGAUCGGUAUAACCCAUUUACAGCCCAAGAACGUUAUGAGAGAAACAAACUUCCGGAAGUCGCAGACAAGGAAGAGAUUAGAGUUAUCCCUUCCCCGCAUCACGUGACUAUCAACAAACAGUCGAGUACGGUGGUUGACAGGAUAUGGAAGAUUUACGCCCAGCGAGGAGUGGAAACCGAAGCUUUAUAUCUAAGAGAGAAAUCCAACAUAGAAUUGUCACAGACAGAUUUGCCGAAAAACAUCGUCCGUCUUAGCACCGGCUACGUCAACAUCAGCGGCAACGUCCUCACAGACAGCGAGGACGCUUACACACUCUCCAUUGAUCCUGCUCUCAGAGUAAUAUCAAUCCAAGGUCAAGGCCGCUCGGGCGUCUUCUACGGCGUGCAGACACUGUUGAGUUUAAUGUCCGCCGGAGGAAUUGUCUACAAGACGGAUGUUAAAGACGCGCCCCGAUAUCAGUACAGAGGGGUGCUCCUGGACGUAGGGAGGAAUUUUCGACCCAAGGAAGACGUGAUCAAGCUCCUAGACGUGAUGUCCACGUACAAGCUCAACAAGCUGCAUUUCCACCUCACGGACGACGAGGGCUGGAGGCUACAGAUCCCAGGGCUGUCAGAACUCACGGAGGUUGGAUCCAAACACUGUCACGAUCUUACAGAAACAAAAUGCCUCCUUCCACAGCUCGGGUCAGGGCCCACCGCAGACACUUCCGGAUCCGGGUUUUACACUGUAGCAGACUACCAAGAAAUCCUCCGACAGGCAGAAAGGAGGCACAUCCAUGUGAUACCGGAAGUAGCUAUGCCCAGUCAUGCGCAUGCGGCCAUAAAGGCGAUGAACGCACGGUACAAGAAGUUUCGAAAGCUUAGGCGGGCAGAAGAGGCUCGGGAAUAUCUGUUAUCAGAGAAGGGUGAUCCGUCGAGAUAUCUCUCCACCCAGAUGUUCGACGACAACGCAAUGAACCCGUGCAUGGAAUCAACUUUUAGGUUCAUCGAUUACGUCAUACAGGAAAUAGCCGUGAUUCACUCGCAGGCGCAGCCGCUGACGGUGUUUCACUUCGGCGGAAGUGACGUGGCAGUCGGAGCGUGGACGAAAUCCAAACACUGUCGAACUCUUCGAAAUGCGACCGAGGUCAACGCGUCGGAACUGAAAGAACUCUUCUUUAGGAAAGUCGCGAAAAUCACCGCGUCACGUCAUCUCAGCGUUGCAGGGUGGGAAGACGGGUUGAUGCACCUCGGGUUAACGGGCACGCCUUUCAAUUUAUCGGGAGUUGAAAACAGGAGGGUUUAUGCGCAUGCGUGGGACAACGUCUGGGAGACGGGAUCUGCAGGUCGUGCGUACAAGCUAGCUAACAGCGGAUAUAAGGUUGUGAUGUGCCAGGCAACUCACCUGUAUUUCGACCACCCUUACGAACCGGAUCCUUUGGAGCGCGGAAACUACUGGGCAACCAGGUACACGGAUACGAAGAAAACGUUCACGUUCAUGCCGGAAAAUCUCUAUGCCAAUAUAGACGUUAAGCGAUCAGGGGAGGCAAUUACGAGAGAAGAAGCGUGCGGCACAGACGGUCUAUACUGCCCUCCCCUUAGUGAUCCACAGAACAUUGUAGGUAUUCAAGGACAACUGUGGAGUGAGACCGUCAGAACCACGGACCAUCUUCACUCGAUGGUAUUCCCGCGACUCCUUGCGCUGGCAGAACGUGCAUGGCACCGGGCAUCCUGGGAGAUAAUGGCUCACAAGGAAUCACGUGAUCGCGAUAUGGAAUCCGAUUGGCUGUCUUUCGCCGUGGCCGUCAGGAAACGAGAACUUCCGAGGCUUGAUUCAGCCGGGAUAAAGUACAGAAUUCCCCUGCCAGGAGCUAGGUGAGACAGAGUACAUAAAUAUCCACACCGGAUGGCCACAGAUCACAGUUAUCUUCCCAUUUUGUUGACGAAAAACUGAAAUUAUCUUUGCACAAGUAGUCUGCAGUUUGGUUAUUUUAUGGCACAUAGCUUUGUAAUGGCACAUAUUAUAUUGACCAUGAUACGGGAGAGUGUGUAGUUUG